AUGUCUGCGCCUCCUCGCAGGCCGCGAGGGGGAGGCCAGUCUCGAGGCAGAGGGGUUACUCCGACAGCUCAAAGGGGUCGCGGUAGAGGAGGCACGCAAUCCGUGAAAGUAGGAAGAGGUCGUGGUGAUGCCAUUGUGUCGACGAACUCGAAAGCGGAAACCCUGCUGCAAGGUCUGCAGUCCGGUAGCUUGAAUCAAGGCACUGGAGCAUUGCGACGAGGCUCAGGACGAAUACCAAGGCAUCGCCAACGAGAGCUGAAUAGCGGCCAUGAAGGACGCUCGACUCAGCCUCCCUUCACAUCCUCCAAACCUCCGCCUCCCUCGAGUCAACGGGACUACAUGAAUCACAUGACUACAAAGUUUCAGCAUCUGAAAACAAAACGGGAGAUCGAGCGCGCAAAGGCAAUCAAAGAUGGAUUUCUAGCAGACCCAGAGAAAAAGACUAGCCUAGACAAAGCCAUCACCCCUGUGGGAACGUGCACAGAGAUGUGUCCAGAAUUCGAGAGAGUGGAACGGAUUGUGCAAAAUAUGGUUGACAAGGUGGAAAAGGUCGCGAACGAAGAGACCGGCCGGGAUAUGCCUUCUGAAGAGCGCAUGAUUAAGCGCUUUCGAAGAUCUGCUGCCGGCUACGACGAACAGCUUCCUUCCGACAUUAGAACGCCUGAGACGCUCCGUGAGACACUGAACUAUCUCCUGGAUAAUGUUGUGGGUGGAGGAGAAAGGCUUGCAACAGUACACAAAUUUGUCUGGGAUCGAACCAGAGGUAUUCGAAAUGAUUUCUCCAUCCAGCAGGUAACCAAAGAGGAGGAUGUUCGGACUGCCAUAGACUGCUUCGAACGGAUUGCACGCUUCCAUAUCCUCUCGCUACAUCAACUCUCGAACCCUGAAAAUCUUGUUGGCGAGCAUUUCGACGCGCAUCAGGAGCGCGAGCAGCUCAACAACACUCUCCUGUCCCUGAUGUACUACUAUGACGAUUAUCGAGAUCGGCAAGAUUUCGCUAACGAGGCUGAAUUUCGAGCUUACUGCGUUAUUUUUGAGCUGCAGUCUCAGCAGCCAGAUCUGGAGGAUCGAAUGCAGUCAUGGCCUCAGGAACUACUCAGGCACCCUCGGAUAUGUACCGCCUUCAAGCUCUACUCAGCCGCAGGAAACACAUUAUACGACCAAGGACCACUAAAGCCACAAGCUGCCUUCGAUAUUGCGCAAGGGAAUGCUGUUGGCUUCUGGAAUGUGCUGAAAUCAAAAGCUGUCACUUAUUUGAUGGCUUGUGUUGCGGAAAUCUACUUUGGGCAAGUCCGUCUCAUGGCGCUUCAGGGUCUCUGGAAAUCGAUCAAGCGUGCUCCAACCAGCAUGCAAGCCAAGCGUCAGGACUGGACCUUGGAAGAGCUUACGAAGCUAAUGGGCUUCGAUGACGAAGAGCAGUCCUUGGAGUUUUGCAGAGAGUAUAAUCUUGGCUUCAGGUACAAUGAUGCCGGUGAACAGUACUUGGACUUUACGAGUCAACCAGAAAUGAUACUUGACAAAUCUUCUACGCCAAACAAACAGGUCUUCUCCUUUGGGAUCGUUGAAGAGAAACGAUACCAUAGAACUCUUGUCGCCGUUAUCAACGGCAUUAAUGUUGCACAGGCCAUCCGGGAGGGCCUUGUAGUAGAACCUGAGGAGGCCGAUGACGAAGAAGCUGAAGAAGACCUGGCAGUCAACGACGAAGACGCAUUGUUCGUUCGGCAGACCAACGAACAGGAAGCCAAGCCUAACCAAGAUAACCCUUUCCUCAAGCUCAAUCAACAAGCACCGGCAUUCACGCCUAGGACAUCGAUUUCGCAAGCUUUGUCGCCACCACCAACCUCAUCCGCCCCGAGCAUUUCGAAUGGUUGGGAUAGUCAACCCGCCACAGCUCCCUGCUCUCUCUCAGCCAGUGCCAACGACCCACAAAGGACAGGCAUAUUUGAAAACAGCCCUUCCCUCGAGAAUCCUUUUAAGCCACAACCCACGACGUCUCAGCCGACCCCGAGCGCUUUUAUGUUUCCGAAAGCGGCAACAACGACUUCAUCAUCUUUCGGCAUACCUUCUUUCCCGGCAAAUGCGCCUUCCCCUCCUGCAUUCUCAAUGGCCCCUUCUGCUGUCAAUAGUGCUUGGCCAUCCAUGGUCGUGAAUGGAAUCGUGAAUACGAAAGCCCGUGAUUUUGGUGCUCUAUUUCCAUCCGCUCUGGCCGCAUCUCUACUUCAAUAUAUUCUUUUGUUUUUGUAUAGAUCCAUGGAUUACGAUGUCGACCUACUCGAAGAUAUUCCCGACUCCUUCGAAGUUUUUCGGCCAAUGCCAUCUGCCCUCUCUGCUCCAGGGCUCCCACCCGAGUUGAGAAGAUCAAGUUUAACCUUUUUCGUAUUAGACCAACCUGGUAAUACUCCAGAGCUCGUGCCAGCUCAAGAGCUCGACACCAAGCCACUCAAGGAUCCUCCGCCGAUACCACUUACCGAAAAAACCAAUAUUGCCUCCCCGAAAGCGGAUGACGGCGUGUCGUCGUUCACGAAACCGCCAGCCUCGCCAAGACCAGGUCACAGAUCACUACCUCCCAUCACGAAUGCUGAGCGAACAACACCUCUGUUUCCAGAGCUUGCACAGAUUAAUACACAAGCAGCCAUGGAAAUUCCGACAAGUGAGAGCAGUAGAGCGGUCAAAUCUCUUACAGAGAGUCCGCCGAUCCCGAACAGCGCAAGGGACCUGUUUCCCGCCUCCAAUACGCAAGCUCCGAUUUCCUUUCCAAAAUCAGCAAACCCAUCAAAUAGCAAGAGCACAACGCAAGAUUAUAGCACUUUCAAAACACCUCAAUCCUCACCCUUCACCUCAAAUGCCCAGACCACAAAACAACCAGCUACAUCCAAGCCGAGCACCGUGCCCCCAAUCACGACUAAUAAAUCUACCAUUCCACCGACUUUCACGCCCAAUGCAUCACCCUCCUUCACUUCUCCAGCCAAUACGAAACCAAAACAUAAGAGUCCGUUAGGUUCACAACCUCCAAUUUUCGCAACUGAUUCCAGCGCCAAACGUCCUGCGAUCCAGCAACCCAUAGCAAAUGUAGACCACGCGGCAGAAAACCUUGCAACAAUAGGCUUCCUCGAACCACACGGCAUACUACAGCAGUAUGUCGAACACACGGCUACAGCUCUAGUUGAAGAAGCGCUUCACCAGUUUGAACGCGAGAAGCCACUCAGAGCCGCACAAUCCGCACGCCAGCAGCUACUUUCCAGGAAGUAUUUUAUGCGUUGGAAAUCCAUCUAUUGGCGGAGAAUCCUUAACCGCAACGCCACAAGCAGACGAAGUCAUUUAGCGAAGUCUAUCCGAAGAGAAAGUCAACGCAAGGCUCGAGGCGAUGCUGAACUAGAGGCUAUUCUCCAGGCCCAAAAACAAAAGGAGGUAGUUCAGGCCGAGCAGCAACUGAGAAGCCAAGCAGGUCGAGUAAAAGAUCCUGUAUCUGAAAUGCGCGACGGCCAACCGAAUCCUUCUCCUGCAGGUCUCAAGAGGAAGAUCUUACACAGUGACGACUUGAAUCCUGUGACGAAUGGUAAUAAUCCACGGAAGGUCGCAAAGGGCGAGACCGCCAGGCGUUCCAAAGUAAUGGAACGAGUAAGCGCCCCAUUAAGAGCCAGCUUGUCUAGCAAACCAGUCACUUCUCCAUCUCCACCUCAUCUCAGUACCGCGUCGCUACACGGAAGGUCCCUUUUGCUAGAUCGCAAUAACAGAACUAUUCUCUGCCGUUCGACCGGUGGCCACAAAGUUGACUCAACUCAUACAGACUACUUUCGUCUCAAAGCCCUCGGCGUUGAUCCCGAUACCCCAAUUUUCCCUGAUACCAAGUCAAGUCUAGAAAGGAGAAGGCGUUCCCAGGAAGAGCUCUCUCAUCCGACGCCAAGGAAGAGAGCAAGUACCUUGUCAUCUGUAAGAGUUCGGACAUCGGGCCGGGAUGACGCUACAUCAGCCAUGAAUAUACAGGCACCGAUCAACAUCACCACGCCCAAGAUGUCGCUUCCGGUUUCCAAACAAAUUGCGCUAGAAGCGACCAGCAGGCUAACCGAUGGUGAUGAUGAUGAUGAUUUCCUUCGACAAAUCCGUGAAUUUCGCGCAGCAAUGUCGGAAGACACGGAAUGGUUUCGUACGCAAGCAGCACAAAUUGAAAAAGAAGUUGAGCAAGAGGAGUUGAGGAGAAGUGCGUCUCAGAGAAGUAGCACGCACAGUGACGGCGCCGCUGCGUCAGGCCUGCAUCGAGGUCUUAGCAGAGUUAAUGGAUAUGACUACGCCCCGUCCAUUCCUCAAUCAGACACUCAGCUUGUGUUGUCCCGAACCGAACAACGAAUCCGUGCCACAGGUGCUCAUGGUCUUGCUACGAAGCCUGUGAGCGACUAUUUGCCUGUUGCUAUGUCAAAGUCGACGAGAGCGGCGUUGAUCAAUGGAAAGGUUCCCGGUCGGGCGAAGAAGCGUAAAGGCAAGAUCAAGCACAGCGAAAAGGACAGCAAGUAUAUUUACGAGAGUGACAAUAAUGUUGAAGAAGAUGGGCUCGCAACAGAGAGAGAUGUUCUGGCACGCAAACACGUCAGACAAACUCACCAGAAGCGUCUUGCAAAAGCAUCAAGCAAUGUUUUUGAAGCUUCCAAGGGCAGAAUCAUCAACGAUGCUAAAAAUGGAGAUGGCGCAGCCGCUAUCGCCCAUGCAGAUGCUGGUCAGCAUAAAGCGCUAGGGUUUGACGAAGACCUUUAUGACGAGGAGGAUGAGGAGAAAGGUUUUGAGGAAGAGGACCUUAUCGAAAAGGAAGAAGUCGUCAUAGGAGUUGUGGAAGAAGAGGAAGGGUACGCCCAACCAACGGACAACGGCAUAGACGAGGGAGAUGAAGGGGAAGAUGAAGCAGAGGAGUAUGACGAAGAUGAUGAUGGCUCUGUUGUGAAUGAAAAUCUCUCGGAAGCAGGUGGAUCUACUACAUCGUCCAAUCUAAAUAGUAGUCAGGGAGAGCAGCCAGGUCGCAAAGCCAACCCUUUCCACAUGAGACUGAGGAGCGCAACACCAGAGUCUCAAACGAAUCCAGACCAAGUCUUCACACCUGGGGGUACACAGAUGAGCAGGGCGACAAGUGGUACCGGGGUCAGUGCGGAUGAUGCUCUUGUCUUGAGCGAUUGA